CUGAAGAGAUCGCCACGAUGUCCAUUGACCUUCUUUCGUCAGUGAACCAGGUGAAGGUCCCUGGUUACCCCGACGAAGGGCUGAAGCUCAGGAUUGGAAUGCACAGUGGCUCAUGUGUUGCGGGAGUGGUUGGGAUCAAGAUGCCCCGAUACUGCCUGUUUGGGGACACAGUCAAUACGGCCUCUAGGAUGGAGUCCAAUGGACUGCCUCUCAAGAUCCACAUUAGCCAGGCAACACGCGAUCGGCUGAUGAAAACAGAUAAUUACCUGAUAUCAGAGCGAGGGGAGAUCGACAUUAAGGGCAAAGGGAAAAUGAAAACCUUCUGGCUUGACGGUCGGGUGGACAUGAGUCAAGCCAACGACAGCAUGGUCUGUAAGUUCGUACCAAGGCGGAAGCGGAAGGUCAAAAAGGAUGAUGCAACUUCCGGUACCCUUUCCCUCAGUACAGGUGUGAUCAGCGAGGCAGGGUCGACAACAACAGUGGACAGCAGCUCAGACCUGGUCAGUAGGGUGGAGGUGACUGCUGACGUCGUUACUGGGAGACUUCAGGACAUCAAAGAAAGCGGCAAGGAAGAUAAACAUAUACGUGUUGUGCACACUAGUAACUUGAAUCAGGCGUUGCCAGUUGAGGACAUGAACGUUUCUUCUGCAGAUAAACAUAUACGUGACGUGCACACUAGUGACUUGAAACAGGCGUUGCUAGUUGAGGACAUGAACGUUUCUUCUGCAGAUAAACAUAUACGUGACGUGCACACUAGUGACUUGAAACAGGCGUUGCUAGUUGAGGACAUGAACGUUUCUUCUGCAGAUAAACAUAUACGUGACGUGCACACUAGUGACUUGAAACAGGCGUUGCUAGUUGAGGACAUGAACGUUUCUUCUGCAGCAAUACCUGGCAGGGGGACUGAUGGUGGAGGUGAAGCAGGUGAUGGAUUAGAGAAGACUCAUCAUCAGGAUGGUGAAGCAUACAAAAGGAGUUAUAUUCGAGAUGGUUUGACUGCAGAUGGUGACAAGAAUGACAUCAAUUUUGCAGCAGAACAAAACAGCUCCACAUUUGGAAGAAAUAUAACUGGGUCAACUCUCGGGACAGACACAAGUGACUCUAAACAUGGCAAUGACAACAGAAGCUCUGAUUUUGGAGUUGCCCAAAGUGGCUCAACUGCAGGAGGGUCUAAAAAUAAAGAUGGUCAUAGUGAGGUACCUUCAAUUCAGGAGGAUGUCACUGACGAUAAAGCAACUUCAGAUAUUUCCAUGUCAUCGGGAAAAGGUUGGGUUAAUGAGUCUGGUAAAAGGAACAUCCAAUACCCUGUCGUUCUUCUUAAAGACGAGGCACCUGGGUCUGAUGUUGAUCACACAGUGGUGUUGCCGAAUCAGGUCAUGACAGAGAAUGGUUCUAUAGUGGACGCUGAUGAUACACAUAUGACAAGGUAUAGCUCGACCGUUAUUUCACAAGCACGUCUAAAAGGUCAAGGUCAUGUACAGAAGAUGCAUUCUGAUAUUGUGAUUACUGUUACAAGUGAUGGAUAAUUGCUUAAGGGUCAUUAGCAGUUUGCACAGUGAGUGAGUGAGUAUGGUUUUACGCCGCUUUUAGCAAUCUUCCAGCAAUAUCACGGCGGGGGACAC